AUGGACCGAUACAAGCAAUUGCAGACCGACCUGAAAUUGUACAAAGAGAAGACUGAUCGUCUGUCCUGGGCCAACGAUCAAUUGCGGAAAGACCUCUUCGGCGCGCAUCAACGGAUAAACGGACUAGCAAUUGCAUUCGGUUUCAAUAACUAUGCCGAAGUUCAAGCUCUUAUUGCUGCAGGAGAGCUAGAUACCCGCGCGUGUCGAUGCCCCAUUUGUCCUGGGGCUCAUAAGUCGUCUGAGAAAGAGACGGAAUCCGAGCCAGAGGCCUCGUCGUCAUCCCAGAUCUCCGCGCUUCAGAAUCAGCUGAAGCAGCUGCAAGAUAAAUACGAUGCUCUCCUGAGCGUGAAGGAACGCGCUGCCGCGAGGUACAAGUCCGACUAUCAGAAGUGGAAGAACUUCAAGCAGUGGCUGUUCGAAGAUGAUAAGCGGGCCAGGCAUUUUGUGAGGAAGGAGCGCGGGAGGCGCAAGGAGCAGGUGAAGAAUGGGGUGAAGUCUCCGAAGAAAGGCGCAGACGUCCCAGAAGAUACGCCGGAUAAGACUUUGGUCAACCCUCCCAAGCCAGAGGAGGAUGUUACGGAGCUCCUCGAUGACUUGAGCGAUGCUUCGUCCGCUACGGAAGAUGACUCCCAAGCUCCAGAACCCACCUCUUCCUUUGACAUGAACGCAUACCUCCGCUCUGAUGUAGCCAAGAGCAAUAGGAAGAAGCGGCGCAUCUCCGAAAUAGAGGCUGUGGACUGCUCGACGCCUAUCAAGGAUGCCAAGGCCAUUCGUCGCAGGACCCCCAGCCCCAGGAAAGCAUCGACGCAUGAGCAGCCGGUAUACAGUACUCCAACGAAACGUCGACCGCUGGCGGACACGACCCGCGAGCAGGAGAACACACCCACAAAACCUAAGAAGACUUCGUCAUCCGUCGGAUUUGCGGGGUCUGGCUCAACGGUGAAAGGCAAGGAGCAGCCGUCUACCCCAGCCGACGCCGACACGACCAUCAACGCCCUCUUCGAGAUCAACACCGAGCAAAACGGAGGCGUCAACUAUCAAUUCUCCGCCGUCGUUCGUAACAAAGAAGAACGAAGACACCUGAAGGGCGGGGACUGCGAGUGCUGUCGUGACUACUACGAAGGCGUUGGGCCCCUCCCCACGCGCCCUGCCCCUCCUCUGUGGAACGACCAGCCCCUCCCCGCGACGCCCAGCACCAGUCGGCACCGCAACGAGAUCUCAAAGCACCGGCACCACUGGGCGGCGCCGCGCACGCCGCCUGGGUACUGGGACAUCGGCUUCCCGGACACGCAAGAGGCUGCGGACAUCAAUGAGCGGGCGCGGGAUUUGCAGAGGGAGAAAAUGAAAGAGGUGGAGAAGGAAGCUGGACGAGAGGGAGGGAUGUAUAAACGGAGACGCUAAUAUGGCUGCAGCGUAUGGGGUAUAGUGAUGUUUAUUGACCAUGCCGUAUAUUGUAUCUUACGAUCCGCUGUCUGCGUUAAUACGGUGUGCUGAGUAUAUAAUCUGGGACAGUAUGAUAGUGCAUUGCGCCUUUCCACAGUAUCGCGUCGGG